UACCAUUGGUCGGUUGUAAUUGAUCCCACUUAUCAUGGACCAUAAAAAAUAAAAAACUAAUAACUUAUAAAGUUUUAGCAAAAGAAAAACAAAAAAUUAAAAAAGACAUUGUCUCGCCCUAAACUCCCUUCUCUUCCCUUCUUUCAGCCUCCCAGGCCCAGCCAUCCGAGCCUUCCUCCAAUCCCAGGAGAUAUAUAUACUAUUAUUUGAGGGAAACUGGUUGAGAAAAUUUCGAUUUGAUUAAUGGCUGCUCCACCAGCUAGGGCUCGGGCUGAUUAUGAUUAGCUUAGUAAUCUUCUGUUGAUCGGCGACAGAGGUUUUCAUAUAAUCCGAUUUGGUUGGAAUAUUUGGUAUAUGGAUUUGGCUGGAACAUCAUAUUGGUGCUAUAGAUGCAGUCGAAUCAUUAACGUAGGAAUCCAAGUUCCGGUCCAAGAUACCUUACUUUGUCUGCAUUGUGGUGGCGGAUUUGUUGAAGAAAUGCAGAACUCAACCCCAACUAGAUCCCCAAUCCAUAAUCGGUUUCCAGCUGCUGCUAUGUACCUUGACAAUACCCCCAAUCCAGAGAUUCGUAGUUAUGGCCAAAGGCUGCGCCGCAGCCAAAGAAGUAGUCGUGACCGCUCGCCUUUUAACCCUGUUAUUGUCCUUCGUGGCGUCGCUGAGGGUAGCGAGGGCGGCAGCAACAACGGAGAAGAAAUGAAUGGUACUGAUCGAAGUAACUUUGAGCUAUAUUACGAUGAUGGUGUUGGAACUAGUCUUCGGCCCAUACCUCCUAGCAUUUCUGAUUUUUUUAUGGGUUCAGGAUUUGACCGCCUUUUGGAUCAAUUGUCACAGUUAGAAAUUAAUGGGGUUGGGAGAAUGGAUCAUCCUCCAGCGUCCAAAGCGGCUAUUGAAUCCAUGCCCAUUAUCAAGAUUGUGGCAAACCAUAUAUCCACGGAAUUACACUGUGCUAUUUGUAAGGAGGAAUUUGAGCUCAAUUCAGAAGCUCGAGAGAUGCCCUGCAAGCAUAUCUACCAUACAGACUGUAUCCUUCCGUGGCUUUCACUUCGUAACUCUUGCCCUGUUUGUCGCCAUCAACUGCCCACUGAUGUGCGUGGGUGUCGCAGAAACUCCCCAGAGUCUGCUGAUGGGGUUGGGGAUGAAGAAACAAUGGGUUUAACAAUAUGGAGGCUUCCGGGUGGUGGUUUUGCUGUUGGGAGGUUUACAGGUGGUAGGCGAGCCGCUGAGCGUGAGCUUCCUAUCGUUUUCACUGAAAUGGAUGGUGGUUUUAAUACCACUGGUGCUCCAAUAAGGAUCGCAUUUCAGUCUAGUGGAAGUAUUUCAAGGGAGAGGGGCCGAGUGGGACGAGCAUUUCACAAUUUUUUCUCAUUUUUUGGGAGGCUCAGAAGGUCAUCCACUCGGUCUGGUGCUGAACCGAAUCUAACUCGAAGGAGUCCUUCUAGUACCAUUUUCAGUAGAGCAAGGCGCAGCCAACGCUGGACAUUAGAUGAUAGCCGAUGAGGAGUGUUUUAGUUCCUCUUUUCCUUCUUUGGAACCAAGUAUAGGAGGGGGGGAGUGGAUUCUUUACUUCUCAAUUUGUAGGUUCACUUUCUUACUAAGAUUGUUGUACUUGUAGUGUAUUUCUUAAAGUUAUAAUUUUUGUUGUAUAUUAUUGUAAUUGUGUUGUUUAUUUGCUGUACAUAGCAUACAUGACUACGAAGUGAAGAAUCUUUCCAAUGUAAUUCUGUUGAAGGAGAGGAAAUUCUGCAAUGGCAGCAAAUUAGAAAGAUAUAUUAGAGGGAUGUAACCAUUGUUUUAGAACUUGUAUUAUCACUGUUUUUCUAUUAAAAAGUUCCAUUACUUGCCCUU